GAAUCUAAUAACACUAGAUCGAACUCGAGGAUUAGACUAUACCACCUCAUCCAAUUUAUCAUCAGGCCACCACUUUUCUUGAAACAAAUGCUUAAGACACCAUAAAAUCAAUAAAAUUUUCUCUUUAUCAAUGCCCAGUGACCUUAAACUGCCAGCAUGGUCAUUCGUCACCCCGGAAUGGAUCGGGCUGAGAAGUGAGGACCACAACAUCAGCAAUCCCAUUCUUCCAUGGCCGCCCAAGCACCUUUCUAACGUGUUCUUGAUUUUGUCUUGCAUUUACUUGCCAUUUCUUUCUCCUCCCUUUUAUGCAUACUCGUCACUCCCUCACUCGUCACUGCUCCUUUCUGGAGGUUUUGUCCAUAAAAGGCCUUAAACGACAGCCUAAAAAUCCAUGUCUUUCUUUUUCCUUCUCGUCCUCCAAAUUCUAGUGCCAGAGCUGAGAAUUCUUGGGAUUCCAGGGGGUAUUUUUUGAGGACAAAAUAGAGAUGUCUUGUGCUACUGUAAACCGGAUACCUUCUCUGAAACUCAAUGGCAACUCCACCAACGCCAACUCUUUGCCAUUAUCAAACAGUCUCUCUUGCUUCUUUGGCAACUCCUCUUCUUCUUUCUUCUUUCCGGGGCCCUUGAUUUCCAGUCACAGCAAAAAUCAUUGUUAUUUCCGCCAUGUAAUCAAGGGCUAUAGGUCGUUUUCCUCCGUGUUUAAGUGUGUUUCCCAAAAAUCAGAGCCGUCAGUUUCGAUUAAUGCCCAUGGAAACGGUGCUUCUGAAGAGAGAGUGAUUGUGUUGGUUAUUGGUGGAGGGGGAAGAGAACAUGCACUUUGUUAUGCAUUGCAACGAUCUCCCUCUUGUGAUGCUGUCUUCUGUGCUCCUGGCAAUGCAGGGAUUUCCAACUCUGGGCAUGCCACUUGUAUUCCAGACCUUGACAUUUCUGAUAGCUCAGCUGUGAUAUCAUUCUGCCGCAAAUGGAGUGUAGAACUGGUUGUUGUUGGACCGGAGGCACCUCUGGUUGCUGGCCUUGCAAAUGAUCUAGUGAAGGCUGGAAUCCCUACUUUUGGCCCAUCUGCAGAGGCUGCAGCUUUGGAAGGUUCAAAGAACUUUAUGAAGAGCUUGUGUGACAAAUAUGGAAUUCCUACUGCGAAGUACCAAACAUUUACAGAUCCAUCUGUUGCAAAGCAAUAUAUUCAGGACCAGGGAGCUCCUAUAGUUAUCAAAGCAGAUGGAUUGGCUGCUGGGAAAGGGGUUAUUGUCGCUAUGACGUUGGAGGAGGCAUAUCAAGCUGUGGAUUCAAUGCUUGUGAAAGGUGUUUUUGGUUCUGCAGGUUGCCGUGUCAUUGUUGAGGAAUAUCUGGAAGGAGAAGAAGCAUCUUUCUUUGCACUGGUGGAUGGAGAGACUGCUAUUCCUUUAGAAUCUGCUCAGGACCAUAAGCGUGUUGGGGAUGGUGAUACCGGACCUAAUACCGGUGGGAUGGGUGCGUACUCUCCUGCACCAGUGUUAACAAAAGAACUUCAAUCAGCAGUUAUGGAAACUAUAAUUCUCCCAACAGUGAAAGGAAUGACAGCAGAGGGUUGCAAGUUUGUUGGAGUUUUAUAUGCUGGGUUAAUGAUAGAGAAGAAGUCUGGCUUGCCUAAGCUAAUUGAGUAUAAUGUGCGGUUUGGAGAUCCAGAAUGCCAGGUUCUAAUGGUUAGGUUGGAAUCUGAUCUUGCACAAAUUCUGCUUGCCGCAUGUAGAGGAGAAUUAAGUGGAGUAUCACUGAACUGGUCCCCAGGGUCUGCCAUGGUGGUGGUAAUGGCAAGUAAAGGCUACCCUGGAUCCUAUGAGAAAGGGACUGUGAUUGGAAACCUUGAAGAAGCUCAAAAUGUUGCUCCAACAGUUCAGAUAUUUCAUGCUGGAACUGCUUUGGAUGCAGAUGGCAACUUCAUUGCGACUGGGGGCCGGGUGCUGGGGGUUACUGCCAAGGGAAGAGAUCUUCAAGAGGCAAGGGAUAGAGCCUAUCAGGCAGUUGAGGAAAUCAACUGGCCGGGAGGGUUCUACCGCCGGGACAUUGGAUGGAGAGCACUUCCCCAGAAGCAAUUUGCUACAAGAAAAUAAAUUAACACUGAGGUAAUGAAUGCUGCCCAUUUGAGAAUGCAAACAUAUUGUAGGAUGUUUUGAAUCAUCCAUGGAAUAGAAAUGGUGACCCAUCAGAGGCCAUACAGGCAUACCUUAAAUUUGAAAUAGUUCUAUUUGUUAAAGGAUACUCUUCAGAAAUCUUUGUUUUCCAUUGAACUGAUAAAAUGGUUACCUGGUUGCCAUUUUUUUUUAAAGAAUAACAACAGAAAUCAUCAGCUUUUCAGAUCA